AUGAGUAUACCCUCGCAAAGCAAUGGCGAGUUGGCCUCUGGUCAGAAUAAUCCAGCUAUCUCUAGCAGUAUAGAAUCCCAACAACAGAAAUCAUCAGGUGUCUCGGGUGCUAUAGAUAGAACCAAUGGUUUGACGAACACGAAUGCUCUUCAUUCAGGUGCUGAUACUACUGCUCCUACUACUUCUACUACGUCUACCACUUACAGUUCCAGUACCAGGACGAAUAAAACAAAUACAGACAGUCUAUUGAAUACAGGUACGGGUUCAACUAAUACACUAACUGACAGUAUCACAAACACAAUUGGUUCUGUAAUAGCUGUCGCUGAUACUGGUAGUUCUGUGGUUCCCAAUACAUCAACCGAGCACAAUACAACAAUACUAUUAGAUCAAAAUACAACGACGACUAAUGACAGUGGGACUGGCAGUAGGAACAAUGGCAGUAGCAAUAAUAUCACUACCAGCACCACCAGUAAUAGUACUACAAACGACAGUACGAUUAGUAGUAACACAACGAGUAGUAACAAUACCACUGUCGAUAAAUCCAGUACAACGCUGGCUGAGAUCAGAAGACCACCGCCAGUCAGACUGGUUCCACCACUAAAUUUCGCUCUGGCUGAGAGACAACUAUACAGAAGUGGCCAGCCAGCUCCAAUCAACUUCCCGUUUCUUCGAGGACUCAAUCUGAAAACAAUUGUAUGGUUAGCAGUCGAAGAUCCAUCGGAUGCAUUUCUUGGAUUUGCCGAUAACAACGAGAUCGAGUUCCACCACCUGGGUCUAGUUACCGAGGGAGGCAAUCCCUGGGACCAGCUGACCGAGUCGUCUAUCGUCAGUGCUCUCGAUAUUAUUAUGAACGUCAACAACUACCCACUUCUUGUGUGCUGUGGAAUGGGUCGUCACCGCACAGGCACCGUCAUCGGGUGUCUCCGACGAGUUCAAGGCUGGAACUUCGCAAGCAUCUCUGACGAAUACCGACGCUUCGUGGGCGCCAAAGGCGGCCGGGUGCUCAUUGAGCUCCACAUCGAAGCUUUCGACACCAAAUCCGUGCACAUCAACCUCGACUACGCGCCCGACUGGUUCAAAAAAACCCUUCCUCCUCCGGGCGCUUAA